AUUGUAAAUUAUAGUAAAUAAUUUUCUAACUCUUGAAUUGAAGUUUGUUUACAGAAAAUGUCUGUUGUGAAAUCUCUUAAAGCCAGGGAAAUUCUUGAUUCCAGAGGAAAUCCCACCGUUGAAGUCGAUCUUGUCACAGAAUACGGUUUGUUCAGAGCAGCCUGCCCAUCGGGAGCCUCAACUGGAGUUUAUGAGGCCUUGGAGUUACGCGACGGUGACAAAGGCCGUUAUUUGGGUAAAGGUGUACUAAAAGCAGUUGAAAAUGUUAACACAGUUGUCAAAAAUGCAGUUGUCGGAUUCGAUGCCUUGAAACAGAAGGAGUUAGAUAACUUAAUGGUACAGAAAUUGGACGGUACUCAGAAUGAUUGGGGAUACUGUAAGUCAAAGCUCGGAGCAAACGCGAUCUUGGUAGUCUCAAUGGCAGCAGCUAGGGCCGCGGCGGCCAAGAAGGGAGUCCCCCUUUAUGUGCAUCUGGCUCAGUUAGCAGGAAAACCCACUGACAAGUUUGUAUUGCCCGUUCCAUGCUUGAACGUCAUUAACGGAGGAUCCCACGCUGGAAACAGCCUGGCCAUGCAGGAGUUUAUGAUCCUCCCAACUGGGGCCAGCACCUUCAGAGAAGCAUUGCAAAUGGGAGCAGAGGUUUACCACACCUUGAAAUCGGUAAUCAAGAAGAAGUAUGGCCAGGACGCGACAAACGUAGGAGAUGAAGGAGGCUUUGCACCCAACAUCAAAUCAGCUGAAGAAGCUCUGGACCUUCUGGUUGAUGCAGUCAACAAGGCUGGAUUUGAAGGGAAAGUCAAGUUUGCCAUGGAUGUCGCAGCUUCAGAGUUCUAUGUGAAGGAGAAGUCAGCGUACAACCUAGGAUUCAAAUGUGAAAGGGAGCUCCUCAAAACCGGAGAUGAAAUGGUUGAUUAUUACACUCACCUGUGUGAAAAGUACCCGAUCGUCUCCAUUGAGGACCCUUUUGACCAAGACGACUGGGAAUGCUACAACAAGCUGACCUCAAAGCUUGGGCAAAAGGUCCAGAUUGUUGGAGACGAUCUCCUUGUGACAAACCCCAAGAGGAUUCAAACAGCUCUGGAAAAGAAGGCUUGUAACGCGCUUUUGCUCAAAGUUAACCAGAUUGGAUCAGUGACAGAGUCGGUGGAGGCCUGCUUACUAGCCCACAAAAACAACUGGGGAGUUAUGGUUUCGCACAGAUCCGGAGAGACUGAAGACACAUUUAUUGCAGAUUUAGUCGUCGGACUCUCCACAGGUCAAAUCAAAACAGGAGCACCUUGCAGAAGCGAAAGGAACGCCAAGUAUAACCAGCUUUUGCGCAUAGAAGAGGAGCUUGGACCCAGGGCUACCUACGCAGGAGUUAACUUCCGUUCUGUAUCCCACUAAUCUAUUUGUAUGUGUUA